AUGGCGGACCAUAAUACCUGCCCUGUGCUCACUCCGGAUUCAGUCAGGGCUGCAUAUUCUUUGAUUAGCCCAUAUAUCCAUCGAACUCCUGUAUUGAGAUCAAAAACCCUCGAUCGCAUUGCUUCAACACCCCAGGAGGAAUCUGCCUUCAAGGGUACGGCUUUUGAAGGCCAGAAGCCUGCGACGCCCAUUUUUCGACUUUAUUUCAAAUGCGAAAAUUUCCAGAAAAUUGGAGCUUUCAAAGCUCGGGGCGCAUUUCAUGCGCUAUUGAGACUCUGCUCCGAAUUGGGGAUUGAUGAGGUACGCAAGCGCGGCGUGACAACACAUAGCUCUGGUAAGCAGGACAAUCUUCUAGCUUGGGACAAAUCUAACAAUAGUGAAGGUAACCAUGCUCAGGCUCUAGCACUUGCGGCAUUCACAUUGAACAUUCCUGCCCAUAUCGUGAUGCCGUCAAUAUCCACAAAAUCCAAAAUAGCCGGGACUCGUGCCUACAACGCUCGUGUGAUUUUCAGCGGGUCUACUGAGCCAGAACGUGUGGCUAUAGUUGGAGAAGUCAUUAAGGAGACGGGUGCUAUCCUCGUUCCUCCUUAUGAUCACCCGGAUAUUAUUUUAGGACAAGGCACCGUGGGCCUUGAGCUCCAAACGCAGGUGGAGGAUCUACUGAAAGAUUCUGAUACUGAAAACAACCCCAAAGGUGAUUCAGUGUUAAAUGCUGUCAUUACACCUCUGGGCGGAGGAGGCUUGCUCGCAGGGACCGCCACUUAUUUCUCAACCAAACCUUCCACAAAUGUGUUCGGAGCCGAGCCGUCAUUCGAGGGUGGUGAUGAUGGUCGACGGGGUCUCGCUUAUGGAUCUCGGAUCCCUACAGUCAGCACCCUAACCAUCGCCGAUGGCCUUCGAACCCCUGUUGGAGAGAUCAACUGGACAUUAGGGGGGAUUUUCGCCGUGACCGAACAACAAAUCAAAGAUGCCAUGAAGCUCCUUCUGGAAAGGCUGAAGGUCUUCAUUGAGCCCAGUGCUGCUGUGCCCUUUGCAGUCAUCCUGUUUGACGAGGACUUCCGCCGAAUUGUGAUGAAGGAAGGCGGAAAGGGAGGAUGGGAUGUUGGUGUUGUUUUGUCAGGAGGUAAUACCACGGUAGAAGCCGUUUGUCGCCUUUAUAAAGAGAGUUAG